CUCAGAAGGUGCAAAGGUUAUUUUGAAGAUCAAGAAGUGGUAUUCUGUUCUUUUGGAUUAAUACCCAAGUUAACGCCACGAUGGAUGUUGUAUCUGCCAUUGUUAAAUACAACCAACAAACACUUGGUCGUGACAAACUUUGCAGGACAAUACAGUAUGGAUCAAGACUGACAGGAUAUGUUAUGGAAAGAGUGGGUUUUAGCAAAGACUUAGUUGAAAAUGCUAAAAAGUUGGACAAACAUGCAAGCACAUCGAGGAAAAUUUUCAGACUUGGCAAAAGCAUGGACAUGUAUGUUGGAUUUGUCCGAGCAAGCAAAAUGUCUGGUGAUAAYGUAGUCCGUGUCCUCAUAAUGUGCCGCCGUGUAACCUACAUACUGUACUAUCUAGUAGACCAUGUCACCUGGGCAGAUCGAGUUGGUCUCUUCAAGUCUGACUCUAAAGCCUGGUCAAAGUUUCAGUCCAAGUUUUGGCUAAUUGCUUUGAUUUUUGGUGUACUUCGCAACAUCUAUGAUCUUCUUAAUUUGCUCAAUGUGUCAAAGGAAAGGGUUGAUGGUGAAAAAGUCAAGGAAAAGAGCAUUGUUCAGAAAGUUAUGAAACGCCCUGAUGUUGUUCUUGACACUGUUAAGAACUCUGCAGAUUUUUUACUUCCUUUGAAUGURAUGGGAAUUAUUCAGCUGAGCACUGGAGUGUCUGGCUUGCUUGGGUUAAUAUCUUCCAUAGCUGGUGCUGUGCCCAUAUGGUAUCCAGAAUUAAAACUAAAGCCAUCGUAGACAGCAAAAUGAUGACUUCAAUCUUACAUAUCUAACAGUGCAUAAAAAUGUUAAAUGYUCCUCUCUUCUUGCCAGGUAUAAAGCUCUGGAAGAGCUGUAACAGUGUUUUUGAACUCACACUUUCAUCAUUCCUGGAUCUAAAACCAAUAUUUCUAAACUUAUGAGAUAUUACAAUCUGAGCAUGUGUAAAAUAACUGUACUUUAUUACACUUGUUAUCCCACAUUGUUGGGAAGACAUACCAUGCAUGUGACUUUGAUGACUACAUGUAAGUGCAAUCGGUUAGUACCUGAUAAAGUAUUGAGCAUGAACACUAUUCUUUGCAGCCUUUUGUUUUGGGCUUCCUGUGCCCUACAAGUACAAGAUCAAGUAGCUACAUAGCCCAAACUAAAUAGAUUUAUUACCCAAUGUAAUAAUAAUUAUAAUAAGAAAAUAAUAAUAUACAAGCUAGAUAGUGAUUUUCUUUUUUGCAGAGGAUAAGAAAAAUUGCUUCAGAGAAUGAGUAGGGUACAUGUAACAAGAUAGGGUGCCCCAAGGUUGUAGGGUGAGUUUUUUUUAAGUUUUUCCCAGAGGAUUUUUAAUUUUUUUUAAAAAAACAAUCCAUACUACCUUGGCACUCACCCUUUCUCAUGUAAAGAGGCUCUAAGUUAGUUUGUCCACAAUAAUUCAUAAGAUAAACACAAUAGAAAAUCAUUGCCGUGACCGCUUCUUUAUAUGACGAGAUUCAUCCUGAUUUGCAUGCGACUUUAACCCUGAUUUUCUUUGUUUUUUUUUAUCUUGAAGUUUUUAGCAAAAUAUACUUUAGCUUAUAUUGGAAUUUGAUAAGCAAUAUAAUAUAUUUGGGUAAAAAAAUCUCCCACUCAUAUUUGAUAUAUUACAAAAUCAAUAGAAUUUGUAAACAGUGAACAUGAAUUGAUCAGUGAAGCCUUUAUUAUUUUUCUCUAGAACACUUCUAUAUCACAGUUUCAAAUAAAUGUAUAACCUACAUACAUCAAACAAUUUGAUUGGCUUAUAUUUGGUAUUUUUUUAACUAAAAUGUUUAAUGGUCUUGAGAAAUAUAAAAAAAAUGUUGUGA